AUGCUUGUUUAUUUCUGCGCUGCUCAUUUGGUGCACCGUCGGGCAGGUCAUGUGGCUGAGAUUCAUACUGCGUUGGAGCAGUCUGUUGCGAUAUACGUUCGUUAUUACCCCCACGUGCUGGUGAUGCUCCCAUUCCUGUGGUUCCUGCUGCUGUACAUAGAGAUGGAGAUGUUGCUUCGCACUCCCGUCAGCACCACGAUUGGCCUCUUGAGUUGUUCGUUGAUCGUUACGCCAGCUUCCUUGAUGGCCCCAGGAUCGAGCGCGUUGGGAGGAGCUCAGGAGCUCGCAAGGCCAGCGCUGCAUGCUUGA